CGUUUGAGGGGGCGACCCUCUUUUAUUGUGGUUUUGGGGGAACUCAAACUCUAAUAACACUUGGUUCACUUCUAAAAUGAGUUGGAUGAGAUUUUGUAAUUGAACCAUCGCUGCUUGUAUCUUUAUAUCGCAGAGUUUGUUUUGCUGACUUGCAUUUUCGGACUGGCACUUCGAUAUCAAGCGAAACCUCAUUUUAGUUCGGAUGUGGCAAGCAAACUGCAGACGGAUGCACAAUUUAGCAGACUGGAUUUCUGGGACAGUCAUGGGAGGCUGUGUGGGGAGGAGCAGGACGGAUGGACAUGGGAGUGUCCGCACCUCCGCUCGAAGCAAAAAACGUGGAGGACGCAAUGAGCCCCUAAAGAAGGAGCGGCCAAAAUGGAAGAGUGACUACCCAAUGACUGAGGGCCAGCUUAGGAGUAAAAGAGACGAGUUUUGGGACACCGCUCCAGCCUUUGAUGGACGUAAAGAGAUCUGGGAUGCACUGAGAGCAGCAGCGUUAGCGGCUGAGUGCAAUGACCUAGAGCUAGCACAGGCGAUAGUCGAUGGAGCCUGCAUCACUCUGCCUCAUGGCUCACUCACUGAGAGCUAUGAUGAACUGGGAAAUCGCUACCAGCUCCCGGCCUACACUCUCGGUCCUCCUGUCAACCUCAUCUCUGAAACAUCUGCUGACAGCAAAGUCUCAGACAACACUCAAAAACAGGCUCAGCCUCCUUUGUCCAGACAGGAAUUUCAAUUGCGAGUGCGCCUGUCAUCAGGGAAAGAUGUGCGCUUGACAGCCAGCCUGGUUGACACUAUUGCAGAAUUAAAGAAGCAGCUUCAGGAGCAUGAAGAUAUAGAUGUUUCUUGUCAGAGGUGGUUCUUCUCGGGGAAACUGCUGACAGAUAAGACUCGACUGCAAGAUGCCAAGAUCCAAAAGGACUUUGUUGUCCAAGUGAUCGUUAAUACAAACCUACCACCUCCUGUAAUCCCUAAGUGACAAUCCCAGUGAAGGAAAGACAAAGGAAAAACAGGGAUAAAAGAAUGGAAAGCUUGAAUUUAUUUUCAGUUGGAACUGAAGUGGACUUUUGUGUAUUUUUUAUAAAUAACAAUAAUGCUUUUUUUAUUGCUCCUUUUUGUAUUUUACCUUCUUCCAAUAACAAUUUGAUGAAUAAGCACUGGAUCACUUUAGAUUAUAUUAGAAAACUAGGAUGCACAUACCAUUGUCUGCCUGUUCAUCCCUUUUUGUGGAUAUGAAUCAAAUCAUUCCUCUACUGUUUACAUGCCCCCUCUGUAAUGUAAGUUUUGUGUGCUCUGCCUGGGCUCAAACCCAUCUCCAUUCCUUUUAUAGUGACAUUCUUGUCAUAAUUCAUGUAAUUGU